AUGACAGAAACAAGAUACUUUGCUGUGGGUGAUCAUAUCUUUCGGUGGUGUUCCUACUUGGGAGUGCCAUUUGCCUAUCAACAACAUGCCAUUGUUGUGGCGGGUCGGAAUCAGAAUGAUAAUCCAGGCAACAACAAUAGUCAUGAUAGCAACAGUGAUGCGAAUGGUAAUGAAGACGAAGAAGAUGGGACCAUUGUCAUUAUGAAUUUCGAUCAUGAGCAAGAGAAAGAAGAAGAUUUGGAAUCGAGUAAAGCCUCUUCGGUCUCCACGGCCACCAGUACAACACCGACAAGUACUUCCAAUAAUGAUACCGACAUUGAUGACAAUGACAAAGAGGCAACGGAACAAGACACUACAAGUACAAGUACUAGUACAAGUACCACCCAACCACCACCUCCUUGCUGCAAGAUCACUCAGCAAUGGCUCACGGAAAAGGAAGCCAAAGCUCAAUGGGAGCACGUACAAUAUUCCCAAAAGUGGCAAACACGGUUGAUGCUACGAGCUGGUACUUGUUCUCCCGCAGUGGCCGAUCCAGUACAUGUCAUUCUCUGUCGCCUUCAAUUCCUCUUGCACGAAAACAACAACAAUAUACUACAAAAUCUACCCUACCAUACCCACAAAUCCAAUGGCGAAUGUUUGGCCGUAUGGUGCACCACCGGUGUUUAUCAAUCGGCACAAGGAAUUGCCAAAAUGGGAGAAGCCGGAAUGCACGUGGGAUCCUUUAGUUUGGUCGGAGGCAUUGCCGCACAGCUGGCCGUGUCGGCGGUUGUGCCCGUCGUACUGCCUUUUAUUGCCGCCUUGGAUGUGGGACAAGCCGUCUAUUCCGCCAAGGAAGUACACACCACGCGACAAGAAUGGCAAGAGCGGACCAUUGAAUGGAAUCAACUCUUUGAACAGUAUAUUAUUGUACAACAACAAUCCAUACGACAACAAGAACAGCAACAAGAACAGCAAGAAAUAGAACCGCAGGAAGAAUGA